AUGUAUGGGGUUAAGAUACCAAACAAUCAAGCCUAUUCUUUAAAAAUUUUUCUUGGUCUUCUAUUCUCUUGUUUAGGCGAUGCAUUUUUGGUAUGGCCUAGUCUUCUUAUUCCUGGCACGGCUAUGUUUGCCAUUACACAUAUAUUAUACAUUUACGCAUUUGGUUUUCAACGUUUAAAACUAUCUAUAUUGUUCAUUUUACUGCCAAUACUUCUCUGUGUAUGUGUUUCUGUAAAAGAAGGACUAGACGGUAUCAAUACACUUGUUAUUCCAGCUUAUGGAUUAAUAUUAGUAAUUAUGGUAUGGCGUGCAUUAGCCCGAUUAACUAAACAUGAAUAUUCUAUACCAUGGACAUGUAUAGCUUCUGCCGUUGGUGGAUUACUAUUUGGUGUAUCUGAUACUAUAUUGGGAAUUUGUUUAUUCUCUAGUGAUAUAUCGUCAUUUAAAUGUAAUUUAAUUUUACCAACGUAUUAUGCUGGUCAGUUGUUGAUUUCUGUAUCUGUUGUUGAUAGCCAUUUAACAUCAAUAAAAACGAGUCCAUAUCAUGAAGAUAAAAAGCAGUAG